GGUGUGGUUCAGUCUGGGUAAAACAGACCAGAGGUACAGCUAGCCGCAUCUGAGAGGUGAUAUAAGGUUAAAUUCCUCAUGGACUUCUCAAAUGUAUUUUUUAUGGAUACCAGUGAGUGGCCAGUGACCUUUGCUCUGUUCCUUCUUUUUCUCAGUCUUCUCUAUUGGUAUUCUGUUUACCCGUUUUCUGUGCUGUCAGAAUGUGGCAUCAAACAUCCCAAACCUUUGCCAUUUUUGGGGAACAUUUUUCUAUUUCGUGAGGGUUUCUUUAAUUCUUUGACGGAUCUCAUAACAACACAUGGACGAGUUUGUGGGUAUUACCUGGGACGCAGACCGGUGGUGGUGAUCGCUGACCCUGAUAUGCUUAAAGAGGUGUUGGUCCGAGACUUCGGCAACUUCCCCAACAGAAAUACUUUUCGAUUCGCCACCAAGCCCAUGAGUGACUGUCUGCUGUUGUUAAAGAACGAAGAGUGGAAAAGAGUCCGGAGCAUCCUUACACCUUCUUUUAGUACGGCUAAAAUGAAAGAGAUGGUUCCACUCAUCAACACAGCGACUAAUGCUCUGAUGGACAAUCUGAAUGUGUAUGCAGAGUCAAAUGAGGCCUUUGACAUCCACAAAUGCUUCGGCUGCUUCACCAUGGAUGUCAUUGCCAGUGUGGCGUUUGGCACUCAGGUGGACUCCCAGAACACCCCUGAUGACCCUUUUGUGCGACAUGCUCAACUGUUUUUCUCCUUCUCUUUCUUCAGACCAAUCAUGUUUUUUUUGAUUGCCUUUCCUUUUAUAUUGAGGCCUUUCGCAAGCAUCAUUCCAAACAAAAGACGGGACCAGAUGAACCAUUUCUUCAUCAACACUAUUCGAAAGAUCAUUAUACAGAGAGAGGAGCAGCCCCCAGAGCAGAGACGCAGAGAUUUCCUUCAGCUGAUGUUGGAUGCGCGCAGCAGGGGGGAUGAGAGUGUGUCUUUGGAGCACUUUGACACUGGAGUCCAUAGUGAUGAUCCUCAAACCUCAGCUUCGUUAAAUAAAGACAGUAACAGCAACAGGAGCCUGUCACCGCAGGAACAGUUACAGAGGCGAUCACAGAGAAAGACCAUGUCAGAGGAUGAGGUCAUAGGUCAGGCUUUUGUCUUCCUUUUGGCCGGAUAUGAAACUAGCAGCAACACACUGGCCUUCACCUGUUACCUGCUGGCUCUGCACCCCGAGUGUCAACACAAGCUCCAAGAGGAGAUAGACCACUUCUACACUCGACAUGAGUCUCCAGAUUACACAAAUGUUCAAGAGCUGAAAUAUUUAGACAUGGUUAUAAGUGAAGCUCUGCGCAUGUACCCACCUGGAUUCAGGUUUGCUCGAGAUAUUGAACGUGACUCAGUGGUGAAUGGCCAGCGACUGCCGAAAGGAGCCUGGUUAGAAAUUCCAGCAGGUUUUCUCCACCACGAUCCAGAGCACUGGCCCGAACCGGAGAAGUUCAUCCCAGAGAGAUUCACUCCAGAGGCAAAGGCCGCUCGUCAUCCUUUUGUGUACCUCCCCUUUGGUGCGGGUCCUCGUAACUGUGUGGGCAUGAGGCUGGCACAGCUGGAGAUGAAAAUAGCUUUAGUAAAUCUGUUUCACAGGUUCACCAUUGUGACCUGUGAUGAAACAAAGGUUCCACUUGAGCUGAAGUCUUCGAGCACUCUGGGCCCCAAAAAUGGCAUCUAUGUGAAAAUAAUAAAAAGGGAGAUGGGUGAGGAGACUGAACAAAUCAGCACAUGAUGCAAAGGAAUCACCGGAUAAAGGAUAUUUUUCUUAAUCUUCAUCUCGGUCAUCUGUAUAUUUUAUAUUUGCACAAAAAAUGCUUUUAUACUCUGUCACAUGUGAAGACAGGCACUGUAUUGUGACAUACUUUUACAUUCUUCAGAUCAUGCUGCUAAAGUCCAACUACUUUACACAAGAAGUAGUUUUUUUAUUGGAUAUGAGAUAACACUUGUAACUGAAGCUCUGAAGUUAACGUUUUGUGGUGAGGAAGUGUAUAUAAAAAACAAAAAAUAAAGUGAUUAAAACAUC